AUUGCUGUUGCCGACAACAACGGAAGCAGCAUAAACAACAACAACAACAACAUAAUUCACAUUGGAUUAAACAACUUCAACUGCUUUGCAUUGUGCUGCUGGUGCUGCUGCUGUUGCCCUCGAGCUGCCACGGGCAGCAGCAGAAGUUUCGCACCACGCCCCACGAUCUGCAGGUGCUGGAGGGUGCCGAGGCGAUGAUGCGCUGCGAGGUGGCCAAUGUCGCCGGCGCCGUGCAAUGGACCAAGGAUGGCUUUGCACUCGGCUUCUCGGCCGUAAUACCCGGCUUUCCGCGCUACUCUGUGCUGGGGGAUCGCAAACAGGGUGUCUACAAUCUGCGCAUCUCCAAUGCCUCGAUCAAUGAUGAUGCCGAAUAUCAAUGCCAAGUGGGUCCAGCGCGCCUCAACUCGGCAAUACGGGCGAAUGCCAAGCUCACUGUCAUAUCGCCUCCUUCGUCGAUCGAGAUCAAAGGCUACAGCCACAACUCCAAGGUGGAAGUGCGCGAGAAUCAGGAUCUGACGCUCACGUGCAUCGUGGCCAAUGCGAAGCCGGAGGCACAAAUCGUUUGGUAUCGCGGAAAUGUCGAAUAUAAGCCAGAAAAACGGGAAGACAAGGUCGAGGAGUCCACGCCCAAACGCUUUACAACCACCUCGAGUCUGAAACUGAAGCCCGGCGCGGAUGAUGACUACACGGAAUACACCUGCCAGGCCAAGCACAAGGCUCUGUCCCCGGACAUGCCCAUGCGUUCCACCGUGCAACUGUCCGUGUUGUAUCCGCCGGGACCGCCGUACAUUGAGGGCUAUUCACCCACUGAAACGCUGCGGCGCGGCCAGACGGUGGAGCUCAUUUGUCGCAGUCGCGGCGGCAAUCCGCCCGCACAGCUCAUCUGGUACAAAAACAAUUCACAAAUACGCAUGGCCUACAGAACCUCGGGCCGGCUAUCGGAGAAUAUCUACACGUUCACAGCCGAGGCGAGCGACAACAAGGCGCGUUUCCGUUGCGAGGCGAGCAACGUGAUGUCGCAGACGCCGCUCAAGGCGGAAGUUGAUUUGACUGUGCUAUUCGCACCUUCGCAAGUCACUGUGACAGGACCGACGGAGGCGCGCGUCGGCGAUGUGGUGCCGCUGAUGUGCACGACAGCGCCAUCGAAUCCGCCCGCCGAGAUCAAGUGGAUGGUGGGCGGACGGCAGAUACGCAAUGCUACCUCCAAGACGACCAUCAGCCCAGAGGGCGGCUGGACCACCAGCUCGAACAUCACCACCAUUGUGGAGCCCAACAAGCGCUCCCUGGUGGUCAUCUGCCACGGCCUCAACAUGCAGCUCACCGAGAAUGUGGUCUCCACGCAUACGAUUAAUGUUCUGUAUCCGCCCUCUCCGCCAUUAAUUUCGGGCUAUAUGGAAGGACAAAUUAUACCAGCCGGGUCGGUGCAAAAACUCCUCUGUGUCUCAUCGGGCGGCAAUCCGUUGGCAACGUUAACGUGGUACAAAAACGACAAACGGAUCAACUCUAUAAUUCGGGCGGCCGACAAAUCAGUUUCGGCCGAAAUAACUAUUUUGGCCAACGUCACCGACAACCAGGCGCAAUACCGUUGCGAGGCCUCGAACAGUGCCACCGAGAUACCGCUCUUCGAGUCCACCACACUGAGUGUGCACUUUGCGCCAGAGACGGUAAAAAUACGCAUUGAACCGGAAGAGCUGAAACCUGGCAUGGAGGCGACCAUCAUUUGUGACUCCAGCUCAAGCAAUCCGCCGGCAAAGCUGUCCUGGUGGAAGGAUGGCAUAUCCAUUGAAGGCAUUAAUAACACGUCCAAGCCAGGUCUCUGGGGCGGCACAGUCUCAACGCUCGAGUUCAGGCUAAACAUCACCCAGGAAAUGAACGGUGUGGUCUACACUUGCCAAAGCGCCAACGAGGCACUGCAGCGCAGCGUGCACGAGGCAAUCAGCCUGAAUGUCCUAUAUCCUCCCAAGUUUGUGCCGCCGCCGUCGUCCACAUCGGUGGGCCUGGAGGGCGAGUCGUUGCAGGUGCCGCUGCAGGCGAACGCGAAUCCAGCGCUAAUUAGCUACACCUGGACUAAGAACGGCACGCCCAUACCGCAGGACACCAGCGGCAGCGUCUCGGCCGGCGAGCAUCGCAUCUUUGCCGAUGGCGCUGUGCUCAACUUCACAAAGCUGCACCGGGAGGACUCGGACAUCUACACCUGCACGGCGAGCAAUUCGCAGGGCAAGGCGAGCAUCAAUAUCACAGUCGUUGUGGAAUACGGCACCACCAUCAAGUCCGUCUCGGAGAACAUUAUUGUGAAUCCCGGCGAGGAUGCCAUGCUGUCCUGCAGCGUUGAGGGCAAGCCGCUCGCCGAGGAGCACGUGAAGUGGGAGCGCGUGGGCUACGACAUGAAGGCCAAGACCACGACUACGUUCACCAAUGGCACCGCCUACCUGCACAUCAAGAACGCCCAGCGCGAGGAUGUGGGCAACUUUCGCUGCGUGGCCGACAAUCAUGUGGCCAAUCCGACCAAUCGGGACGUGCUGCUGAUAGUCAAAUUUGCUCCCGAGAUCGCCAAGUCGCCGACGCUGCUGCGUGCCGCGAGCGGUACGGGCGAACGGGGGCGCUUGCCCUGCCGGGCGCAGGCGUCGCCCAAGCCGCAGUUUAUUUGGCGCCAGGACGGCAAGGAUCUGCCCAUCAAUCAUACGUUCAAGUAUGAGCUGGAGGAGCGCAAAAUAGACUCGCUCACCUACGAGUCCUCGCUGAUUGUCGAGAAGGUGGCGCCCGCCGACUACGGCGCCUACGAGUGUGUGGCGCGCAAUGAGCUGGGCGAGGAUGUCGAGACGGUGCGUCUGGACAUUACCUCCCCGCCAGAGCCGCCGCUCAGCCUUAAUAUACUGAAUGUGACCCACGACACGGUCACCGUGGCCUGGACGCCAGGCUUCGAUGGUGGCCUGAAGGCCUCCUACCGUGUGCGCUAUCGCAUGGCAGACCGCGAGCAGUAUAAAUAUGUCGACGGACUGCCCAACAGCCACAAACUGACCAUCGGCGGACUGCGCAUGAAUACGCUGUAUCUGUUCUCGGUGAUGGCAUGGAACGAUUUGGGCCAGAGCUCCUACCUGCCGGAUUUGACGCGUGCCCAGACCAAAGCAGAAGCGCCGCCACCCUCACAGCCGGCUUCGUCGCUGGGCGGCGGACCGCCAACCACCAGUCAGACACCGCUGGGUGGCACAUCGGGCAUGCUGCUCGUUGGCGUCGCAGCGGGCAUUACGGUGGUGCUGCUCAACGUAUUUGUCAUCGGCUGUUGUCUUCACAAGCGCAACGAGAAGCGCCUGAAGCGAGUGGCGGAAACUACAAAUCAACCAGGCAAAACGGCGACCAUCGAAAUGUACGCGCCCAGCUCGUACAAUGACACCGUCACCGGCGAGACGCUGUCCAGCGUUUCGGAGAAGAGCGAGUCCUACUCCAAUGAGGGCAGUCAACCGGAAUAUAUUGACGAGGCACGCAAGAAGGCGGCAUCGACAUAUCUGGUUGAGAGCACGGACAUGCCACCGCCCAGAUACCAAAAGGAUGGCACACUGCCAGCAUUAUAUCCAAAUAAUAUGGCCAAUGCCUGCACAUUGCCACAUCCGCGGCACAAUAAUGGCCAUGCCGCAUCCAUUGCCGCUGGCCAUAUGACGCGCGACGAUCAGAUGCUCAUCAGCAAGGGCGUCUAUAUUCCGUCCCCAUCGCCAGCACCGCCGCCGGACGGCUCCUAUUACAAUAUGAACAGCGAACGAUAUCUAUCGUAUCCCCCAAUGGAAUAUCCGACUGCGCUGGACUUUAGUGCGCCGCCGUUGCCGCUGGCGCAUCUGCAGCCCAUGCAGCCCAUGCAGCCCAUUACGGUUACCUCGCAGGCGGCGCUGCUGGCGGCGAGCAAUGGCGGCGCCACGCUGGUGGGCAAUGGCAGUGCCACAGGUGGCACGCUGCGGCGCGGCAUCUUGCGCGGCGUGGUGGGCGUCGGCGUGGGCGUGCCACCGCCAGAUGUUACGCAUCACACCUCCGGCUCCGCCUCCGCCGGCGGCAGUGGCAUGCAAAUGCUGCACGAUCUGCAUCCGGUGAAUCUCAGUGCCACCACGCUGACCACGAGCACCACGCUCAAUGGCAGCAUGACGACAGCAUUGCCGCUGGCCACAUCGACGCUGCCCCGCCAGCCGCACGGCAUACUCAAGGAUCCCAAUCGCAAUAAGCAACAGCAGCAGCAGCAGCAGCAGCAACAACAACAGCAGCAACAGCAGCAGCAGCUGCUCAAUGCUAGUUUAGUGGGCGUGCCCGUCUCGGGGGCCGUGGGCAGUUUGCAGAUUCUGAAUCUGAAUCCGGUGAGCAACGCGGCGCUGGGCAACAAUCUGCUAAUGACUACGAGCGCCACCUACGACCCGGCCACGCUGAGCAGCUUCAAUGCGAGCGCCGCUGGCGUCGGCGCUGCAGUCGGAGCUGGCGUCCAGGUGGCCUACACAGAUGCGGAUGGGCAUCUCGUAUAGCUGUAGGCCGAGACUGGGGCCAGCUCUGAGUCCCGGUACUAAGGAUGGCGCCCAGUCUGUCCAAGCAUCUACACAUAUACAUAUACAUACAGGCAUACACAUCUACACAGAUAUACAUACUAUAUCUAUACAUAUAUAUAUAUAUAACUAACUGUACUCCACACUCGACUCGUAGCUAGUUUAGAAGCUUUCCCUCUCUACAUUUAAAUGUGUGUUUGACUGUGUGUGUGUGUGUGCGUGUGUGUGCACAGAAGUAUAUCCUAGAUGUGUGUUAUACGCCAGGAGAAGAAGUUAACAACUGCAAUUAGCAGAUACCCUGUGAAAGGAUAAAAGCUAGAAAAGCUUUAUGUGAUGACUCUAGCUAAAAGAUUUUACUGCUUCUAUCAGAAUAAUUAUAGGGUAUAAAUAAAUAAAACAAAUGAUCAUUAGGCAGAUACUCCUUAAAAAGUUAACAGCUUGGGUAGUCAUGAAGGAAAAUGGAGGAAAAUGUAGAGAAGAGAUAGACUAUGACAUGGCUUCUGCUAGCUGCAGCAUACACCACAUGAUAAAUGCAGUACAGGGUAUGCAAGCAGCAAAUGCCCUGUAAGGAGUAAAAUCAAUAUGUAGAGAGUUGUAUGCUACCCCAUGCGAUAAACUGCUUUGCAGAGUAUAGACAGGACUUCAAUUAUCUUAUUUAAAGAAUUUACAUACCGUGUAAAACGCCAACAACUGAGGUAGCUAAGCACGAAAUUUCAUUUCAAUAGUGUAACGUCAGGUUUUCUGCCACUUUCGCCUGCCUCGCAUACCCCACUCGCCCCCUUUGGGAUUGCAGAGUAUUGCCAGUGCCCAUUACCUUAUUCAAAUCAGCUACAGAAUUAGUUUAUGUAAAUUUUUAAAACGAUUCUCACUUGCCCAUAAGACACUGCACGCUGUUUAUUCAGAUAAACAAGCCCCAAAGACGAUCUCAUGCCGCUGACCAGUUCGUCUGCUCGCAUCUCCAUCUGUCUCCGUCUGUCGCUUUGUCAGUCCGCUGGAGGAUUUGCGUUUUGCUAAUUAGCUUUCGCAAGCAGCAAUAACAGCAGCCAUAACGAAAAACUUUGAGCGGGACGACAGCAAGGGCAGCAGGAGCAGUGGCAGCAGGAGCAGCAGCAGGAAGCGGUCAAAAUUUUUGGGAAAUUAGUUCAGUGGAACGAACGACACAAAGAGCCGCGCAGCCGUUUGACAGCUCCCUGGGGCGUGCUCAGGCCUCAAGUCGAUGGGCACGUGAUUGCGCUAGAGGAGCGCUCACUGGGCGUGGCCAAAAAAAAAUGGAAAAGUUAAAGCGAACUAGUUGGGAGUGCACGACUAGAUGAUACCCUGAGACUGAAACUGAAACUAAAACUGAGACAGACAGACAGACUGGGACUG